CCUGGUCACUCAGUCAGCUGAUGAAUGAUAAUAUACUCUUCACAAUCUCUCUCCUCGAUACUUGGAUCUCGUCACACGAAUGAUCUUCUAGCCAAUUAACGCACAAUGUGGAGAAGCUCACACAGCUGCAGGAGGAAGAGUCUCAACUUGGUGGGAAUGUGUCCUGCAGAGCAAAAACCUGGAGACAUCAUGCAGAGGCAACACGGUUCAGACCGUUUCCACUCUGGUUUAUGAUACCGAGAUACUUGUUCCUGUGAUGGGGAGAACCACAUGGAGCUGCGGAGCCCUGAUCCUGCUGGCCAUCAUCAGCUCAUGUCGAGCAGUCACUCUGGAGUCCAUCCACUGGAGCAGCUCCAACACCAAAUUCAGUCCAGGUCAGGGUCAGGUCCUGUAUCCUCAGAUCGGGGACAAGAUGGACAUCGUGUGUCCUCGGGCGGACGCUUCCUCGGGGGAAAAGGAGGAGUUCUACCGAGUGUACCUGGUCUCCAGAGGGCAGAUGGAGAGCUGCACCAUCGACAAGACGGACACGCCGCUGCUGAACUGUGACAAGCCUCACCAGGACGUAAAGUUCACGUUCAAGUUCCAGGAGUUCAGCCCCAACCUCUGGGGCCUGGAGUUCCUCAAGGGGAGGGACUAUUAUAUCACCUCCACCUCUGCAGGCGCUCUGCAGGGUCUGGAUAAUACUAAUGGAGGGGUGUGUAGAACCAAAUCCAUGAAGCUGGUGCUGAGAGUCGGCCAAAGCUCUUCAGAUCCACCUUCAACCCUCCAGGAGUCCCCUACCAGAUUCCCACCCACACGACCAAAGUCCAAGUCCCAGGACCCCUCUCCGAAAGAAGAAGAUCCCAAAAACAAAACUGACUCGGGCUCAGGAACAGGACAAACAAACCCCAGUGAUGGCGGUGGCUCUGAGUCAGGACUGUUCAUGUGGGUUGUCUCCGGCGGUGUGAUCCUCGUUCUGGUCAUCAUAAUUCUGCUGGUCGUGCUGUGGAGGAACCGUCACCGUCACCCUCGCUGUGUCCCAGAUAGCCAGCAGUCUGCCUCCGUGUCCCUCAACACUUUGGCCGUGGCGAAGAGGGACAGCAUCGGCAGCGACUACAACGGCUCGGACCGCAGCGACGUUGUCUUUCCUAUGCAGGCUCCUGACAGCAUGCUCUGUCGUCAUUAUGAGCGUGUAAGCGGCGAAUACGGGCCCCCCGUGUACAUAGUUCAGGAGAUAACGCCCCAGACUCCCACCAACCUUUACUACAAAGUCUAGUGUUUGCUGCUCUGCAGUCUAAACUGUCUGGGACACACAGCACUUCCUUUACUUUAGUUUUAAAAUUUGUGGUGGGUGUGAAGAAAGGUCACAUCUGACAGUUCGUCUGACAGCUGUGCUGCACUGAUCACAUCACCACACCAUUUUGUUUCCUUGAUAUAGUACAGAGAGACAAUCAUAGAGGAACUUGUGUUAUAACACAUCAUUGUGUUCAGUUUGUUUGGAAGCGUGCAGCGAAUGCCAGUGGCGGGAUGUAACUAUAAGUACAUUUAACCUACUGUAGUCCUACUUAAGUACAAUUUUGAGGUAUCUGUACUUUACUUAAGUAUUUCUAUUUCAUGACACUUUAUACGUCCACUCCGCUACAUUUGAGCGGGGAAUAUUGUGCUUUUUACUCCACUAUGUUUAUAUGGCAGCCAUUAUUAAUAGUUACUUUGCAGAAUAAGAUUUUGCACAAAAUAUGAGUUUAUAAAAUAUGUUGCAUUUUUAUUGAUUAAACUACCCAGCAGUAUGUAAAGUACUUAAAAUUAGCUCCAUUCAACCAACUAGUAAAAUUAUCAGUAAUAUUAAUCCAAUAAUAUAAUAUAUAAUAGUAUAACACUCAUAGGGGCCCUUUUUCUGAGUACUUUUACUUUUGAAAACUUUAAGUAAAUUUUUACUAAUAAUACUUUCAUACAAAAUGUAUGAAGAACUUUAAAAAUAUGAUACAUUUUAAAAUGAAUCUUCCCAAUAGUAUAUCAAAUUUAAGUGAACGAUUAAUCGAUUAUUUAGUUAGUUUAAGUUUGUUCUAAAAAAAUUAAUCAGCCACUGUUUUGAUAACUAAUUAAUUGUUGAAAUCCUUUUUCAUGCAGAAAUUUCAGAAGUUUCAGCUUUUCAAAUGUGACAAUUUGCUGCUUUUCUUUGUCUUAAAUGUUAGUAAACUGAAUCAUUCAGAUGGACAAAACGAGACAUUUGAAGACGUCACUAACAACUCUGGGUAAUUGUAAUGCAUUUCUCACUGUUUUCUUAUGUUUUGCAAACCAAACAAUCAAUCAAUUGAUCAAGAAAAUAACCAGCAGAUCAAUUAGUUGCAGCCCUACAUAGUUAAAAAGCAGCUCCACCUCAAGUGUAUCUGUAUUAAUGAGUGUAUUUAGUAUUAGAUCUACUAGAUACACCAUGUUUUCUCUGCAUUAACUUACUUUUUACUCUUGAUACUUAAAGUAAAUUUAACUUCUACUUAAGUAGCAUUUUGAAUGCAGAACGUUUACUUACAGUAUAAUGGAGUAUGUUUAAGUGAAAGAUCUGAAUACUUUCUCCACCACAGGAAAAUGACAAUUUUGUUAUGUUUUUAUUUAUUUAUUUAAGUAUUUAUUAUUUCUCACUGCCACUGCACAUGGCAGAUUCAUUUGUACAGUAAAUGUGUGUUUUAUUUAAUUUAUUGAUAAAUCUAAAAAAGAAGAUUGAUAGUGAACUCCAACACACUAAAUGUGAGAGCACUUAAAUAGGGUUUUUUCCACAACUGAGUUGUGGAAACCAGUGGUUCUCAACCUUUUUUGUGUCAAGGACCCCUAAAUAGGUCGACGUAAUGUCACGGACCACCCGUUUGAUAAGAUUCCACUUCAGAUACCUGCAUCUGAAAAGAUUUUGGUUGUUAGAUAUGCUUAAUUCUACAGUUGAAGAGAUAACCGUGGAGGAAGUGAAACCACAAUGGUCACUUUUAUGACUCUUACUCAAAUUUGGUUCACUUCUAUAGUGAAUUAAAUACUGAAAAUAAACUAUUCACCAUUUUCUGGGGACCCCUGGGGCUCCCCGGACCGCUGGUUGAGAACCACUGUUGUAAACGGUAUGUUUAGUGAAAUGGAUCUUUCUGUUCCAGGCUGCUUUAAUUUAUACAAUAUUGUGUCACCUUCUGUAAACAUCAUUAUUUUGUAGACAGUGUUAAAACCACGGGGCCAUGCUUAAGAACAUGUAAUUACUCAACAUUGGAAAUGGUUUUGUUUCUUGUCAAAGGUGUGAAAGUUAAAAAAAAACUGGACAACAA